AUGUUCUUUCAACUCAGUUUAUCCCUCCUCUUUUUCCCAAUACCCUUCACUUCGAAGAUUCUCCCCGCGCCCCUCCCGCCCUUCUCCUCCCCAUCCCAUAUUGCUACACUGGCAGCCCUCGCCUUCCCCCUCCCAGGCCCCCAGGAGCACAGCCCCCACUCUCUCAUCCCCUCAUCCACAACCCGAUCAACCCCCCUCUCCUCUCCCCCUGUCCCCCACUCCCUCAGUCGAGCCACCUACGCACGCCCACAUCCGCCCCCUGCCAACACUCGCCCCUUUCUCACACUCCCUUCCCCCUCACCAACCCCCUCCCACGUUGCUGCACUGGCAGCCCUCGCCACCCCCCCAGCCCCCCGGCAGCACAGCCCCGCCGCCCUCAUCGUCGUCGCUGCUGUCCCUGGCGACCUACACGGACACACGGCAGGGGCGCCGCCACCCCAGUCUGACGUGGCGGCAGCGCGGGAGCUGUUCGGCGUGUCGUUUGCUGACGUGGCGGGGCGGCACUUCCUGGUGCUGCGGCAGGAGCGCGUGGUGGUGGAGGCGGAGAGCAGCGUGCAGACGCUCAUGGAGACCCUUCAGCUCUACCGCCACCGCCUAUCUAUAGUCUAUGAGGGCUUCGAGUAUCUGAUAGGGGACUUCGCCAUGCGCCUGGGCCGCGCCAUUCUCUCCACCAAUGAGGCGUUGCGAGGCAUCGUGGUGGAGAUCGAGUACCUGCCAACCUCCUCCCUCCCCGACGCGCGCCCCCUGCUGCUGGACUUCCUGGCCAUGUGGCACGACCUGGUGGCAGCGCAGGGGCUGGUGGGGCGCUUUGUGCCGCUCGACCCGGCCUUCUCCGACUACUCACUGGGCGACACCUUCUCUUUGCCCCACAGCGCGCUGCAGUUCGUGCUCGUGUCAGCGCACCUCAUGGCUGCCCGGGCAUAA